UUCAUUCAGGAGGAAACACCACAAACAGUCCUAAGAUAUUCUGAGACUUUAUUCUCUGUCAGUGAGUGACUCACAGGGAAAUACCUCUGUGGACGGAGGGAGGGAUUAAACAGCCAGAGAGGUAUAAUUACAGUAACACAGCACACAGGGAGAGUAGAAUGACCCUGCACAGUGUUCGCUCAGCUCAGACCAGCAGACCAUCAGGACCAGAGAACCACACUGGGAACCAGAGAACCACAGAACCAAGAUUCAAAGACCUUCUCUCCAGCAGAAGUUCACUGCUGGCUGUUGGACUGUUUCUGUUGUCUCCUCACUGUAACAUUAGAGUCCACUGACUUUCCUGCAGAUAUCAGGACCUGUUGAUCUGCUGAGUGUCUCCCAGCACUACUUCUACUGUCUGAUCAUCAGUCUCUAACCAUGUGCUCUCCGUUAGCUAUGUUCUUCUCUGUGGCCGUCUGCCUUCUGGUCGAUGCCUCUCCGACCAGCUCUCCAACGGUGAAGGUGGACCGGCUCCAGGAGGGGGCGCUGUCCUCUGACUGUCCAUCCUGCUCUCUGUCUCAAAUGAGGAAGAACUCGUCUUCAUCCGGAGGUCAGAGCGACAUGGUGGAGGCUGUAAAGCGCCACAUUCUCAACAUGUUGCACCUGAGUGCCCGGCCCAACCUGACGCAUCCGGUGCCUCGUGCUGCACUGCUGAACGCCAUCAAGAAGCUGCAUGUGGGCCGAGUGGCCGAAGACGGCAGCGUGGAGAUCCAGGAGGACAGCCGGGACUCCGAGAACUCGACGCCACCUGAACCACCAUCUGAAAUCAUCACCUUUGGAGAGUCAGGAAACUCUCCAAACACAAUGACUUUUGACAUUUCGAAGGAGGGAGGCUCAUCUGUGGUGGAACAGGCCAGCGUUUGGAUCUUCCUGAAGAUGUCAAAGGUUAACAGAGUGAAAGGCAAAGUGAUGCUGCGGCUGCUGCAGCUUCAUCAUCGUCGGGACGGGAACGAAGAAGAAGAGUGUGUUUCAGAGAAGAUGGUGGACACCCGUCGCAGUGGCUGGCACACCCUCGCAGUUCCUCGCAGCGUUCAGAGUCUGCUGGACGGUGGCGGCAGCUCGCUCAGCUUGCGGGUUUCCUGUCCGCUGUGUGCCGAAGCCGGAGCUUCACCCGUCCUGACGCCUGCCGAUGGCGAAGCAGCCACGGGACGAGAUCAGUCUCACCGGCCGUUCCUCAUGGUGGCGCUACGAGCUCAAGAAGAGGCUCAGCGGCGAGUCAAACGAGGUCUGGAGUGUGACGGGAAAAUCCACAUCUGUUGCAAACGACAGUUUUACGUGAACUUUAAAGACAUCGGCUGGGGCGACUGGAUUAUCGCACCAUCUGGUUACCAUGCCAACUACUGCGAGGGCGACUGUCCGAAUCACAUGGCGAGCAUCGGCAGCUCCUCUCUGUCCUUCCACUCCACCGUCAUCAAUCAUUAUCGUAUGAGAGGCUACAGCCCAUUUCAAAACAUCAAGUCGUGCUGCGUGCCAACGAGGCUGCGAGCCAUGUCGAUGCUCUACUACAAUGAGGAGCAGAAGAUCAUCAAGAAGGACAUCCAGAACAUGAUUGUGGAGGAGUGCGGCUGCUCGUAAACUGCCAGCCUCUAGAGACGCUCAAACUCUUUGACAACCUGCUUCGUGCAGGAAAAACAUCCAAUUAGCACUUUCCCAGUAAAGACAAGUAUUAUGUUUGUGACAAAACAUCGAAUUUGUUUUAGGGAGACUCUUUUCCACAUUGGAAUGAGCUGAGAACACUAUGCAACAAUACCACCAAGUCCAACUUCAUCUAUCUUUGUUUAUAAAUGUGUUUUUUAUUAUUUUCUAUUGUUAUAGAAACAUGAAUCAGUUAUUAAUGUGUUCCACUGAAGUGUGAAAAUCUCUGUUGUCAAGAUACUUGAAAGAAAUGAGUUCAUCCAGCUGCUGGAGUCAAACACAGUCAUUAGUGUUAUUAUUAAUACGGUGACUGGAGAUGUUUGCACAGUGAACUAAACUCCUGGACUUUAUUCCACAGCCCAACGCUGGAGCUAAGAAGAUUGAGACGAAAGCCAAAGACAACACUGAUUCAAGUUUUGUUCGUUUUCCUAAAAUCUCAUUGAGCUGUGAGACACUGAAGUUAAGGUAAUAACAGACUGAAAACAGUUUUCAUCAGUUUGGUCACUGUUGGUGCCAACUUUCUAUAAUUUAUUUGCAUUUUUGUCUUUUUUGUUUCAUCAUUAAACAAACUGUGGGUCAA